GGCUCAGUCCGGGCCGCGCUGCCGCCGCCGCCGCUCCGCGCUGGGCCCCGCCGCUGCCAUAAAAUGUUUGACGGCUGCCUCCUGCCUCUGAUGUUUGCCUGCCUGCUGCUUUGGGGACUGGACGCCGGCACAGCUGGCGGAGCGGAGCUGGAAGUGGUGAUCCCGGAGCGAGUGGCGCUGGAGAAGAUCCACCUGCUGCCGCCCGCCCGGCGAGGGGAUCGCGGCGGCCCCCGGCGCCGGCGGGCGCUACCGCGGCAGCGGGCGGAGGAGGAGGAGGAGGAGGAGGAGGCCCUGCUGCUCCGUCUGCCCGCCGCCGGCUCCGAGCUCUACCUGCACCUCCGCCGCGACCUGCGCUUCCUCGCCCGGGGCUUCGUGGUGGAGCAGCGGCGCGGGGAGGGGCGGCGGGCGCCCGGCCCCCGGCGGCCCCCGGCGGAGCGGCUCUGCUUCUACACGGGACACGUGCUGAACCGCAGCGACUCCUUCGCCUCCCUCAGCACCUGCGCCGGGCUGGUUGGCUAUAUCCAACUAGGAUCAGAGCAGAUGCUAAUACAACCAGUGAAUACAUCAGAGACCUCAUUUAGUGGAAAAGAACACUUCAUCAGGCGGAGAAGAUCCACAAAAUCAAGCCAUCCCAUGAAGUCGCACAUUCCUGAUGAGCACUGCAAGGUUGUAGCAGAAAAGAAGAGACAAAAGAAAAUGAAAUCAACCAGUGACUGGAGGGAGAGAAGAAAUGCCAUUCGACUUACCAACGAGUACACAGUAGAAACUCUGGUGGUGGCAGAUGCUGAUAUGGUCCAAUAUCACGGUGCGGAGGCUGCCCAACGGUUCAUCCUCACAGUUAUGAAUAUGGUGUACAACAUGUUUCAACAUCAAAGUCUUGGAAUUAAAGUCAGCAUUCGAGUGACCAAACUAGUCCUGCUCCGCAACCGUCCUGCAAAGCUGUCUAUUGGCCAUCAUGGAGAAAGAUCUCUGGAGAGCUUUUGUCAAUGGCAAAAUGAAGAAUAUGGUGGGGCAAAAUACCUUGGUAACAACCAGGUUCCUGGUGCGAGGGAUGACACCCCUCCUGUGGAUGCUGCUGUUUUUGUAACCAGGACAGAUUUCUGCGUACACAAAGACGAGCCUUGUGACACUGUGGGAAUUGCUUACCUGGGAGGUGUCUGCAGCGCCAAGAGAAAGUGUGUUCUUGCUGAGGACAACGGUCUCAACCUGGCAUUUACAAUUGCACAUGAACUUGGGCACAACAUGGGAAUGAGCCAUGAUGACGAUCAUCAACCCUGUGCAGGGAGGUCUCAUAUUAUGUCUGGAGAAUGGGUGAAAGGCAGGAACCCAAGUGACCUUUCCUGGUCUUCGUGCAGCCGAGACGACCUUGAAAACUUCCUAAAGUCCAAGGUCAGCACCUGUUUGCUGGUAACAGACCCCCGAAGCCAAUACGCGGUGCGGCUCCCUCACAAGCUGCCUGGAAUGCACUACAGUGCUGAUGAACAGUGCCAGAUCCUUUUUGGGACCAAUGCUACAUUCUGUAAGAAUAUGGAGCAUUUGAUGUGUGCUGGGCUCUGGUGCCUGGUGGAAGGAGAUACAUCCUGUAAAACAAAGUUGGACCCCCCUCUGGAUGGCACUGAAUGUGGCGCAGACAAGUGGUGCCGAGCUGGGGAGUGUGUCAGUAAAACUCCCAUCCCUGAGCACGUUGAUGGAGACUGGAGCAUGUGGAGCCAGUGGAGCAUGUGCAGCCGGACCUGCGGCACGGGAGUGCGAUUCCGGCAGCGGAAAUGCGACAAUCCCCCCCCGGGACCAGGCGGGAAGAAUUGCCGGGGAGCCAGCGUGGAGCACACUGUGUGUGAGAACUUACCCUGCCCUAAAGGUGUGCCAAGCUUCAGGGACCAACAGUGCCAGGCCCACGACAGAUACACCAACAAGAAAAAAAGCCUCCUGACAGCUGUCAUCAUUGAUGAUAAGCCAUGUGAGCUCUUCUGCUCUCCACUGGGGAAGGAUUCCCCUGUGUUGGUGACAGACAGAGUCCUCGAUGGUACUCCGUGUGGGCCUUACGAGACCGACCUCUGUGUACACGGCAAGUGCCAGAAAAUUGGCUGCGAUGGAAUCAUUGGCUCAGCUGCCAAAGAGGAUCGCUGUGGAAUCUGCAGUGGUGAUGGCAAAACCUGUAAAGUGGUGAAAGGCGACUUCAACCACACCAAGGGGAUGGUAACCAAUAGUCAUUGUAAGAAGGUUUCCACAUGUGUGAUGGCAAAGGCAAAGGCUGUUCCCAAGUGUUUCUCGUGUUACAUCGAAGCAGCUGUGAUCCCUGCAGGUGCCCGGCGGAUCCGAGUGGUUGAGGAUAAACCUGCUCACAGUUUUCUGGCUUUAAAAGAUUCCAGUAAGAGAUCCAUUAACAGCGACUGGAAAAUUGAGCUUCCUGGUGAGUUUCAGAUCGCAGGCACUACUGUCCGGUACGUGCGAAGGGGUCUGUGGGAGAAAAUCUCUGCCAAAGGACCAACUAAAAUACCACUGCACUUGAUGGUGCUGCUAUUUCAUGACCAGAAUUAUGGAAUUCAUUAUGAAUACACCAUUCCUGUAAACUAUACUGCUGAAAACAGAAGCGAGCCAGAAAAGCAACAGGAUUCCUUGUACAUCUGGACGCACAGCGGAUGGGAAGGGUGCAGCGUGCAGUGUGGAGGAGGUGAACGGAAAACCAUUGUGUCCUGUACUCGAAUUAUUAACAAGACCAUGACACUGGUGAAUGAUAGUGACUGCCAACGAGCGAAUCGCCCCGAGCCCCAGGUCAGGAAAUGUAACACACACCCCUGCCAGUCACGGUGGGUGACUGGCCAUUGGAGUCCCUGCUCUGCUACUUGUGAGAAAGGUGUCCAGCACCGGGAAGUGACUUGUGUUUAUCAGCUGCAAAAUGGCACCUACGUUAACACAAGAGACCUCUACUGCCUUGGCAACAAACCAACAACGGUGCAAAGCUGUGAAGGACGGGACUGCCUUUCUAUCUGGGAAGCAUCAGAGUGGUCAAAGUGCUCAGCAGACUGUGGCAAGGGGAUUCAGAAAAGAACAGUGACGUGCACAAAUUCUCAAGGAAAAUGUGAUGCAGCCACCAGGCCAAGAGAUGAGGAAGAGUGUGAGGAUCACACAGGCUGUUACGAAUGGAAAACGGGCGAUUGGUCGAAGUGCUCCUCAACCUGUGGGAAGGGCCUCCAGUCACGCGUGGUCCAGUGUAUGCACAAAGUCACCGGGCGCCACGGCAAUGAGUGUCCUGUCCUGUCCAAGCCAGCGGCCUACAGGCAGUGCCACCAAGAGGUCUGCAAUGAGAAGAUAAACGUCAACACAAUUACCUCGCCCAGACUUGCUGCUCUCACGUACAAGUGCACAGGAGACCAGUGGACAGUGUACUGCAGGGUGAUCCGGGAGAAGAAUCUGUGCCAAGACAUGCGGUGGUAUCAGCGCUGUUGCCAGACUUGCAGAGACUUUUAUGCAAACAAGAUGCAGCAGAAGAGUUAAUGAACCUGUGCUACUUCUCUAGGGUAUUACAGCUAUUUGUAUGUAAAUCACGGACUAGUAGGUCUGAGUACUGGAACUUCAUGAGUUGCUACAAUGUGGUGGAUUCCAAAGCAUACCUAAUAAGACUUGAAACUAAUUCUACAGACUGGAUACCAAAGUAAUCCACUCAUCCACCUUAAAAAAAAAAAAAAGCAAACAAAAAAAAAACCAAACAGAAAGAGUCAUCUCAAGGAGCAAAUCAUUUUAUCAUAUUUUGACAUCCUUACGUUUUUCAUUAAUGCUUUUUACUUUAAUAUAUUAAAUCACCAGCCACUGGAUGGCUUGCUACCAUUACAGGACAAGAGUUGCAAAGUGAUUACAGUGACUAAGGUUAUGGGUACCUCCAUGGAGGAAGGCCUCUGGCAAAAUAAUUCAGCAAAGGUAGAGACAUUACUUAAUCUUUUAAUCUUGGCUUUCAUCUGGUGUUUUCAAUUCCCAGCAGUUAUCCCACUGUGGAGUGGGCUUGGAGUGACACAUAAAUGAAAGGCUUAAUUUAAAGAGAGGAUUUGCUGUAAAAGCUUGUGAAAACUGAUAGCAGAGAAUGGACAUCUCUGAAAUUCCUGCAGAAAACUCAGUACAAUUAUAUCCAACAUUCCAAGUCAUACUUUUAGAGCAACUAAUAGGGACUGCUCUUCUUUCUGAUUUAAAAUAAUGAUCUUCUCUCUCUUUUCCCCAGAAUAAUAUCGUUUCUUUUAUGAAACUUAAUUUUUAUCUGAGCUUAAUGAAAUGGAAGCUUAUUAACAGCAGUAGAUAGUUAUUUUUAAGCAAGAACCAUUUACAUGAGAUGUGAGAAGCCAGAAAUCAUUUCAUCCAGUAGAGCUUACUGAGGGAUUGUUCAGCCUAAUCUCUCUCCAGUUUUUAGAAGUCAAUCAGAUAAUGAGACUGAAUGUGGUUUAUUUAAGAGGACCAUGAAACUGGAUAGGGCUGGUACAGAAACAGGAUUUGGAAGAGCCUUUGAGUGAAGGACGGAGUGGAGAGCAGAACAGGGGUUUCCUAUCUCUUGGCUCCUGCAUACAUCUGAGGUUAUGUAGCCUUUUGAGUCAAAAGUAGUCAGGGAUACAAGACAUUCAAGGUGUUAUCUUGAGCUUGUUGAAGCCAUAAGGCUAAGCCUGUCAUUGCCUUCAGUAAGGGUUAGGAUUUUACUGACUGUAUUUUAAUGUUUCCUGUCUUACUUCAGUGGUGCUAUCAGGUUUGGUGCUAUCAGAUUGGUGCUAUCAGAGCACUUAGCAAGUGCUGCGUACAUGAUCCUCCCUUCCACGUCUCUGCACUUUAAACCAAACUCCUCUCCGAGAUGUGAGACUUGAAACGGGAGCUCUACCCAGGGCAGAGUUUGUCCCCUCCGUUAGUCCUACAGAUCAAUGUCUCUCUAUCAUAUCUUGCUCCAACACGGAUCGUUUUCCUUGCCAGGGUCCAAGGCCAGUUGUGCAGUGGUUAAGUUACAGCCCACUCCUCAUGACACGAACAGAGCCGUUUGGAUGAAUUGCAGCUUUGUACUCGCUCUAGACCUGCGCGUUACUGUUUUAUUCUUUGGAGAUGAGCACGGAACGAACCCCAGGUACUGCCCCCAGCCCCUGGGCCAGUCUGGGUCCCAGCUCAUACCUGUCCUCAAGUCGUCUUUGUUGCUGUUGCCUCUUUUUUGGCAACGCAAGGAGGAAUAAAGACUCUUAGUACCUAACAUAUCUUUAAAGCAAUUUUUUCUUCCUUAUUACAAUCCUUUCAAUAUCCAGAACCCCACUGGAAUAACUCAUUAGCAUUUUAUUAAGGGCUAAGUUUUUCCAAGCACAAGGAGCUAAUGUUCAUCAACAGACUGUGUGGGCUUCACACUCAAUCUGUGAAUGGUAGUGCAAAUGGGCGCGUGUGCACACAAGGGCUGGCCUGUGUGCACAAAGGCACAUUUGCACACAAUUUUUUUCUCAAGUGCCUGUCUCAAACGGAUCUGCUUUCCAGUGCCCCAGAUGAUUUUCUCUAUCAGGGAAAUGAUUCCAACUUGGUUUUUUUUUGUUAUACUGGCUGUUCUUUUGGCAUCUUGUAGUCAGGAUCAGACCUCCUUCUUCUGUUAUUACCACCCUGUAGCCCAAACGCGGAGGUUGUGUAAUUACUUAGCAAGUAAUCAGUGGAAAAUGCUGCUGGCAGGGGGGACAGGGAAGAUGUAGCCAAUGCCACAGUGAUACCCUGUACAGCAGGGCUGCGACUGUCCUUGCUGCCACCACACCACCUCCCAGCAGUUUGACUGAGAUGGGUCCCCUUAGUCCUUCGCUUGUUUGGAGUUCACUGUUUUUCUUUUAACGGGCAACUCUUGCCCAUGAAGUGGCCCGGCCUGAUGAAAUGCCACCCCCUUCCUGAUCAUUUUUGGCAUUACUAAUACUCACGUUGGGCUGUUGAAGGAUUUGCCGUCGCCCUUCUCUCUUAUCUUGGAAGACUAGUAUGUGCAUUUAUUAUUAAUGGGAAUCAAAGGUGCUUUUAAAUAGCAGGGCUCGUUUUUCCUCCCGGUGCUGAUCUGUCACCCUCUCUAGGCAAAAUGUGGGCUCCUAGAAAGGUGCAUAGGAGAGGAAGGAUUUUAAUUCUUAUGGUUUUCACUAAUAAUUCACUACUGGCCACUGUCCAGAACAGGAUACUAGGGUAGCUAGACCUGUGGCCUGUCCCAGUAUGCUAGGUCAUGGACUUAAAGACACUUGAGUCCAAGUUCUCGGUCCUACCUAAGAAAACGAAUUUACAAGGAAUUCUUUGAAAUGUCUGAGCACUGAAAAAAAGCCUUCACUUGCUCUCACAGCCCACAGAUUAGCGUGCAUCAUCCUUUUUCUUUUUUAUAAUCAGAAACCAACAUUAAUUAAAAACUGAUGGCACAACACAGCUCCACUUUAUUACAUUCUCUUACUUCAUAUGGUGACAAUCUUCCCAUUUUAUAAUAGCCAGAAAAAUAACAAUAAUAAAAAAAGUUUAAUUCUGUUCAAUACUCCUGCACUUCUGUUUUAUUUUAUAGGAGCUUUACUAUGAAUUUACAGCUAUGCUCUGCCCUCAGUUACUACAUACUGGUGAAAAGAAAGCUGUUUGUUUCCAUGUAUCUAUGACAAUACUUCUUUUAGUUGUUCGUAAGAGAUUGACGCUCUUUUGAUUACAGUGGUGGUAUUUCCAUAUUGUAAACAAUACUCUGUACUGUUACUAAAGUACUGUACAUUUCUAGUUGCACAAUGGUGUUAUUGAGUGUAGAUUCUCACUAUCUCAUGUAUGGUGCUAUUUUUUGUUGGUGGAAAAGAAUCUUAGCAGUCGAUUAUUGCUUGAUAUUUUAUUAUAAUACAGGGAUAUAUUCUCCAUGGCAAUAAUAUCAUUUAAGUUUUUCAUUACAGAGUGAAAUGUAUAUAUUUUUCCAUUAGCUAAUUUGCAUAUGUACUGUAUCCAUGGUAAUUUUCUUUUUGGUGCUGGUUAUAAAUAGAAAAGAUAAAAACAGUCAAACUGAAUGGAACCAGUUGUACAUGAAAACCCAAAAAAAAAAAAAAAAAAAAAAAAGAGGAUCAUUCCAUUUUGAAAAAAUUGAGUAUGUUGAAUAAUAAAUUUAUUUUUUCCAUUACAACUUUAA